AUGCAUAUGGGCCAUACAACAGGUACUUUAGCAGGUUUCACAAUAGCCGAAGGAGUUCAUCAAUGGUCGGCUUUCAGCCUACUUCUCUUUAUUACAGUAAUAGAUGUAUUAGCACAGUCCAAACCUCAAAUAGUCCUGUGGAAUAUGAUAUUUGCAGAUGAUAUUGUGAUACUUGCCAAAUCCAAGGGUGAAAUGAAAGAAAGAUUAGUGAGUUGGAACAAUAUCCUAGAAAAGCCCGGACUAAAAGUAAAUAGAGAAAAUACGGAGUAUAUUGUGAUAGAAGGAGAUGAAACAGAGAGUAUUGAUAUAAAUGAAUGGCAGAUAUUAGCAAUUGAAAACUGUAAAUAUUUGGGCUCCACUAUACAAACAAAGGGCACAAUAGAAAAAGAAAUAAAGUGUAAAAUUAAUCAAGGGUGA